AUGGGCACGAUGCAUGUCUUCAUUGUGGUGUUUGCAUCCUUCGUCGCUGCAGUAUGCGAUCUGGACAUCCACAGAUCCUCGCCUAUCCAGCUUUGGGGAUACCAUCGUAGAAUCCAUCGGCAUAAACUUGUCUGGUUUACCUACCACCAUAUUGCAAACGCUUGCACCUGGGACAACAAGUAUAGCAACAACAACAGCAGCAUCAACAGCAGCAACAAGUGCAACUGCGUCGCCGACCUCGUCGAUCGCCGCUCUCACUACUCAGCAGCAGGGACCAGUGGGGCAGCCUGCUGCCACAGCCCCUAA